AGUGUUCAUGCUUUCCAGUAUGAGAGUGAAAGGCAUCCCGCAAAGUGUUUACGACAAAAAUGCUCUAACGCAUCGUUACUCAUCGAAGAUUUGAACACACUUUUUACGAGACGGAUCAGGAACAUUGUGAAGAGAGUGCUUGGCAUCACGUGUGUGUAUUUCUAUUUUGUGAUAAGGGGUGUGGAGAAGAAUGGAGAGUUGUGUUUUUGCUCUCCUCAUUAUGGGAAUCUAUCAAAUUCAAGGUUUGUCCCAUGUAAACGUUCAAAACAGUAAUGGCGGAGUGGUGGAGGUUGGAAACCAGAUACGGCUGGAGUGCGACUACUUUCUGGAUCCGGAUGAGUCAGUGUUGUCGGUUUUGUGGCUUUGGAGUGAUUCACAACAUCAAGAAGACUCGUUCGAAGCCAAUGAAGCUAUUCCAAACGAUACGCUGGACCAAGAGGAGGAACGCGAGAAGAGGAGAAGAUCCCAGCGGAUCUCCUUCUAUCGAUAUCGACCGGGUGAUUCCCAGCCGAAACAGGCCUGGUCCUAUCACAUCCGAGGAAAAUUUACUGUUGAUCUUGAUGGGUCAACGGCCGACUCGGUUCUAGUAAGUCGUGCAACAAUGGAAGCUGCCGGCGUGUUCACGUGCGAGGUGGUAGCGUCUCCUCUAUUUGACACCCAAUCAGCCUCAGAAGACAUUAGGGUGGUCAAAUUUCCCCAUGGGCUACCAGAUUUACAGAUCUUGAAUGACCAAUCAAAACUUCGUUAUCAAAUCGAGGAUACCAUGGAAUUGAAAUGUACAUCCACAGGCAGCAUUCCUAGGCCUAAUAUAACCUGGCAACUUAAUGGAGAUCCGGCCUCCUGGUACGGCGCCAUCAUCUCGGAGCGAGACUUAAUCACUCACCAAGAGCACCUACGGAAAACCAGCAUACUGAAGUUCACGGUCUUAAAUGAUCUUGUUUAUUUGGGGACCAUUAAAAUCCGUUGUGUUGUGUCAAUGUUUCACAUCUAUCAAAGAUCCAAUGAGAUCAGCGUUGAGACUCUGCGAAUAGUGGAAACAUCCUCCAAAGUUCCAGCUCCUUUGAGUGAAUCUGUGAUAAAUGAGCUCUCCAUGAACGUCUCGGAAACUAGUUCAUAUUAUGGUGAUGUGAAGUCGCUUCAAAUAAGCAUGGGUCCUUCAGCUUACACUGCUCGAUGUACGUCAUUUAUCAUGUUGUGUACACUUGUCAAUGUCUUUCUUAUCCUGCCUUACGAUUGUUAAUAAUUCAUAGCCGCCAAUUUGUUCGCA